GCUAGAUAAUCGAGAUCUGCAGCAGAUGUGCAUAUGCUCAAUUAACCAGGCAAGGGAAAAAAAGAGGGGAAAAGUUAUUAGUGCACCCCACUCAUCUCCCCGCCUCUUGAUUCGUGAACUCUCCACGCGUGCGCGGGAGGCGGCGCGGUGCAGUCGCGUGAAACGGUGAUGACAGACAGCAGCAGCAGCAGCAUCAACCAACGCGCCGAUAUUAGCGCUGAGAUGACCGGACAUCAACCGAAAACCGUCCAUUUCUCCUGAGCUGAUGUAGCAACCGCUGAUUAGCGCGUGUAAAGCGGCCCCGACUCUUUAAUCCACCGCGCGGAGCCAUAAACUACAUCCAUCCAUCAGUCGCGGGAGCCUGAGAUGACAAAGUGAAAGAAGCUGGAGAUGUCUCAGAAGAAGAUAUUCCUAGUAUUGAUUGCAAUCAGCACUGUCAGCUUUCUUCUGCACCAUGGGGGUCACUUGAACUUGACAUUGGAGACAUUCUGGAUGGGCUGUCCGUCCACCACGGUCUCCGUCAACCAGGGCAGCAGUGGACAUUCAGGUAAACACACCAGUGUAGCCUUCUUGAAGACACAUAAAACUGCCAGCUCCACUGUGCAGAACAUCCUCUUCCGUUUCGCUGAGCGCAACAACCUCACUGUGGCGCUGCCCAUCACCUCCUGCGACCACCAGUUCUGCUACCCUCGGCCGUUCAGCGUCCACUUUGUCCAUCCGCACACCUCGCCCCCUGACAUCAUCACCAGUCAUCUACGGUUCAGCAGGACUGAGCUGCGGCACCUCAUGCCCAACAAUACCAUCUACAUCACCAUACUGCGGGAACCGGGAGCGAUGUUUGAGUCCCUGUUUUCCUACUAUAAUCAGUACUGUCUUAGCUUUAAACGUGUCCCGAAUGGCUCUCUAGAGACUUUCCUUGACGAGCCUUGGAACUACUAUCGUCCGGAUGAAAAGGAUUCGAUGUACGCAAGGAAUACUCUGACCUUUGACCUAGGUGGUGAUAAAGACCGUCCAUUUACGGAGUUGUACGUGAAACGAUUCGCUGCCGAGAUGGAGAAAGUCUUCUCGCUGGUUAUGAUUGCAGAAUACUUUGAUGAAUCCUUGGUGCUGUUACGCCGCUUGUUGGCUUGGGAUCUCGAUGAUGUUCUUUACGUCAGUCUCAACAUGCGCACAGCCGACUCCAAAAGCAGCCUUUCUAGUGAUAAUACGGAGAAAAUCAGAGACUGGAAUGCUAUAGAUUCAGCUCUCUACGAUCAUUUCAAUGCCUCGCUAUGGCGGCAGCUGAGAGCAUUGGGACUAGCAUGUGUUGAGCGGGAAGUCCAGCUGUUGCGGCAGUCUAGAGACCGACUUGUUCGCAGCUGUUUCGGGGGAAGUUUACCACCGCUUCGCUCUGCUGCACAAAUCACGAAUAAAGAGUUGCGGCCGUGGCAGCCCAGUGCCAAAGUGACAAUCGUUGGGUACGACUUACCAGUUAAUAUAUCAAAGAAAGGCCCCAUCCCUCCUCGAGAUGAGUGUCUAAAGAUGAUAAUGCCAGAAGUGCAAUACACAAAGCUGUUGCUUCGUUCAGAAUCUGUACGAUAUCGAAAGCGGCUUCCAAUACGGAGCCGCCAGCAGACUGCACGGUCCGUCGGACAACCUCGGGUUCACAAAGAGUCUUCAUCUCAGAGUUUGGUACCAUGACCUUCGGAGACUAUGGUUCGAAGCACUAGAGUUAUUCUCCCAAUUUUAAAAAAGUGUGAAAGCAUAGUUUUUUCUUAUUUCCUAGUUGAUCUAGACUGCAUCUUUUAACGUUUAUGACAUGUUGGAAUUAUUUAAAAGCUUGAGGUUAUACCUCUUUUAUACUGAAUGUGAGCACGACCACAUGCACGCUCACAACCCUUGAUCAAUUAGUAAAGGAAACCAUUCAAGUCCAAAAACUUUGACAUCGGGAAUGCUUCUCAAUCUCUCAAGGACAAUCUCUCCACAUAUAUACCAUCAUUCACUGUUUGCAUUUAAGCCAUCUUUACCCGGCAGGAAGAUCCUGAUUGAUCUGCUUCAGGUGGUACCCGCUUUACACUGUUCCUAGCUAGUUGAAGCUAAACUUUCAUGUUUAUAUCUUGUCCAAGUGUGUCAGGAUGGUCAAUUACCAGCUAGUGACUAAUAAGUUGACCGUCACGAGCAAGCUUAGUUAGUGUUGGUAGACCCCAGCAAACCAUAUUGAAGGUGACUUAUUUUUUUCCAGCAGGGUCUCCGAAUAUAUUUGAAGACAUGUUUGUAAUGAUUACAUUUGGGUGUUGUUAGGCUUUCCAAAAAGCACUUCAUUUGAGCGUGAACUUGUACACAAGCUUAUCAAUAUAUUGACAGCUGCACCUGAGCCACAAAUCACCAUAAUCGACUCUUCAGUUGUGGUCGAGAAACCCCAGCAUCAUGUGUCGAUGAUGCAAGCUUCUCGAAGGACAUCUAAAUAUUUAAUCAUUUAAUCUUUAGCCUCUCCUCAGGCAGCGCUUGGGUUACACAGCCCUACGUCUUUAUGAAGGCAACUCGUACUGAGUCGGAGAGGCUUAGCCUUGAUUUGAAGCUGGGAAUGAUGACAGGACAGUUUGUCUAAAUGGAAGCUGCUGAUAUGUAAAACAUCGCUGUACGUAUGUUAUCAGCUAGAGUGAGCAGUGCGUUUGUUUUAUCCUUGCCUAUCUUUCCACUAUCACUUUUACAACAAAGUCCUUGCAAAUAUCUAAUUUAUGUCAUUUAAUUUUAGACUAGGAAGGACCAGAAGCUGAAGUGUGUACUCUGGUCCCCUGUGCUCUAAUGGUUGGAGAGGGGUCUGGCUGCAGACUCGAUGCAGUGCAAUCUGAGCUGCAUCCAAUGCUUUUUAAUCUGUCACCCAACCCCAACCCUAACCCUACCCGUCACAGUGACGUCACUCACUUCAUUGA